AUGAGGGAAAUCGAAGGUUGUCCCGUAGCGGGGGUAUCGUUGCAAGUGUUGCAUCAAGAGGUGUGUGUGGCGGUGAGUAAGCGGCUUGACCUUCGCGCGAGGCGAAUGGGCCCAUCAAAGAACGCUUCACCUAUUUUACAGGUAAUAGAAGUAACAGUAAUGUGCAAUAAGAACGUGUCUGUAAAAGAAAAGAUCCGAACAAACAGUCGAAUUUGUAAUAAUAUUAGAAAUAGUUCCAAGCCUGGCGACAACCCUAUGGAGGAGCACAGUGUGUGGGACACAUUAUGCGAGCAAGCUCCAUUCUCAGGCAUCUUCGCUAAUUAUUAUUUUGUCUCCAAGGCAACAGAUGUGCCACAUCCGCCCGAAGUUUCACAGUGCGAAUUAGAUCAAAUUGUUACACCUCGAUUUGGCACUUGUCAAUUUCCAACGGCCUUUAAACACAAUACUUAA